UUCUUCACCGUCUUUGUCUUUCCUUUUGAGCCUUUUCCUUUCUCAAGGUUCUGGUUUGCACGACGAAGAUGGAUGAGCUGAGGGAAAAGGGGUGCGGUUUCAAACUGGGCCAUACGAGAUCCGACUCUGGAUCCGCGCCGACGUCGCUGAUAUACUCCGGCCAUACUGCUACUUCGCCAACGGUGAAUGUUCUCCCCACCGGAACAUUACCCUUCCGGGAAGAUCUUCGCAUUCAUCUACCCCACCAGCAAUGAAUGCUCUCUGAUCAUGUUAUUUCUCUUCACCAUUUACCAUCCUUACCCAAUAGAAUUUUCUCUAAUGGAAAGAGCCGGGGUUCGUGCAUCUUUACGCAGCAGGGCCGCAAGGGUAGUAAUCAGGAUGCCAUGAUUGUGUGGGAAGAUUUCAUGUCUGAAGAUAUGAUCUUUUGUGGUGUUUUUGAUGGGCAUGAUCCGCAUGGUCAUCUUGUUGCACGCAAAGUUAGGGAUGAUAUACCUCUUAAACUGCUAUCAUUUUUGCAUUCUUCUGAAUCAAAGCGAAAUGGGUAUGAUAAAACUUGCUUUAAAGGGAAUGUAAAAUUUGAUAGUGUAGAAUUUGAGAAGGAUUCCUUCACAGAGGAUAAAAUGAACUCUAUGUGGAUUGCUUCUGCAGUGGGAGCACUGCUGUGACU